AGCCUGGGCCCAAUAGGUUCGGUUGCGCCCCCUGGAAAGUCCUCUGGCUGGAGGUCGUUGGAGUCACCGUCGUUGAGGGAUCGGUCGCCGCUUGAAAUGUUCAGCCGCGUUGUUAGGCCUGCAGCCUCCGUGCUUGGCCGGACCUUUUCCGUCUCCUCGCAGAACAAUGCCAAGGUAGCAGUAUUAGGAGCCUCAGGUGGCAUUGGACAGCCUCUUUCUCUGCUACUGAAGAACAGCCCUCUUGUGAGUGACCUCUCACUCUAUGAUAUUGCACACACGCCUGGUGUUGCAGCUGAUCUCAGUCACAUUGAGACUAGAGCAAAGGUUACUGGUUACUUGGGUGCCGAACAGCUGCCUGAUGCCUUGAAAGGAAGUGAACUGGUGGUCAUUCCUGCUGGAGUACCUCGGAAACCAGGCAUGACUCGAGAUGAUCUGUUCAAUACUAAUGCUACAAUAGUUGCGGUUUUAACAGAGGCUUGUGCUCAGACUUGUCCAGAGGCCAUGAUCUGUAUCAUCUCCAAUCCUGUGAACUCCACCAUACCAAUCACGUCAGAGGUUUUCAAGAAACUUGGAGUCUACAACCCAAACAAAAUCUUUGGCGUGACAACACUGGAUGUGGUCAGAGCCAACACGUUUAUUGGUGAACUGAAGGGCCUUGACCCAGCUCGUGUGUCUGUCCCAGUGGUUGGAGGCCAUGCUGGUAAGACGAUCAUUCCCCUGAUCUCUCAGUGCAAUCCUAAAGUGGAAUUUCCCCAGGACCAGCUGGAGGCCCUAACAGGCAGGAUCCAGGAGGCUGGUACAGAGGUGGUAAAAGCCAAGGCUGGAGCAGGUUCUGCCACCCUGUCCAUGGCUUACGCCGGCGCCAGAUUUGUCUUCUCUCUUUUGGAUGCUAUGAAUGGUAAAGAAGGAGUGGUGGAAUGUGCGUUUGUCAGAUCCGAAGAAACUGAAUCACCGUAUUUCUCUACACCUCUGCUGCUCGGGAAAAAUGGGAUUGAAAAGAAUCUUGGACUAGGAAAACUAUCUGCCUUUGAAGAGAAGCUUGUAGCUGAAGCUAUGAGUGAAUUGAAGGGCUCUAUAAAGAAAGGAGAGGACUUUGUGAAGAACAGGAAAUAGAUGAGUGGUUGCAUCAAUGUGUACAGAACAGGAGGACUCCAACCUGUUGCAAACACGCCAAGACAAGUGGCACUGGUCACUGCUGUAUGUCUGUCUGUUUGCUAGCGGUUUUUAAGUCUGUUUGCCAUGAGAGAUCUCUAAACUAAUUAAAUUACUAGCACCAUU